AUGAAUGGAGAGCAAUUGAUUCAAGGUUUCAUGACGACUCCAAACGCAAGCAUACGCAAGCGUACUGUCACUAUUGUCCCCAUGAAGUUCUUUGAUAAACUUAGGUCUAUUAUGGGUCAGUUCCUUCGCCAGAAAAUGUUCCUCAUGGCUGGCCUGAUCCCCCUCUGUUUCCCUCGGGCACAAGGUGAAUUAGCUCUUACUAUGCGAUGGUUGAAACCCGUUAUGGAUCCAUCAGAAUCUGGCUCGUGUGUCACUCCAUGGCUACAACACGCCCUUGACCCUGCCCAAACACAUGGUGAUAUUCGAUUACCUCUGUUGUUUCAACGCCUGCUACACCAUCAUUUGCGUUCUUCUCUCAAUGCUCUCCACUCUGUUCUGUAUGCGAUAAAUUCCAUCCCACGCAACUCUUUUGUCACAGCCACCUACCAUACUUGUCUCUCUUUAUCAAUAUCGGUUAUAGUUGUUUUUUCUGAUCCUUCUGGACGUACUAUAACAGGUUGGCGGAGGCUUUUAGUGUCUGGUGCGUUUAUAUAUGACGAGAAAUUAGGGGACGUCCGUCCUCGAUUACCUACCGAAAGGACUCCAUCUCCGUACCUCGUUUUCAAACUUUUUAGCACUCUUAGUGCCUAUAAUCACACAUUUUGGUCAUUUCCCACCCAACCUACACCUCGUAAUAUAUGGCAUCGUGAUAUCCUCAAUACCCUCUCGUUCCAAGUCACCCUCCACCACCAUGCCCCUACGCUAUUUGCCACGACCGACCGUCCGAUCUGUUAUACUGGCGUCGAUACUUUGCGCCACUUCCUUUACCAAUGUCCUCAAAAAUUGAUCGCCUAA